AUGGCAUCGUCAACUUCUAAGGCUCUAGUCCUCAUCACUGGAGCCAACCAGGGGAUUGGUUUUGCUGUAGCACAGCAGUUAGUCAGCUCGGGCAAGUAUCAUGUGCUUGUCAGCACACGGAACCCGUCCAAAGUACAAACCGCCGUUCAACAACUUCAGACUGAGGCCGUGGACAAGGCGGCGGUAACACCGAUCACCCUCGAUAUAACAGACGAUGCCUCAGUCGAAGCAGCUGCCAAGAGUGUGAAGGACCAGUUCGGCCAUCUGGACAUUCUGAUCAACAACGCCGGACUCGGUAUGGUCCCAGGCAAACCAGUUCGCGAGCAAUUCCGUCAGAUUUUCGAGGUCAACGUCUUCGGUGUUGCAGCCGUCACAGAAGCCUUCCUGCCGCUGCUAAAGGCCUCGUCCUUUUCCGACAAGCGCGUGGUAAACGUCACGUCAGGCUUGGGUCUGAUCACUAUGGCGGGAAAGAAGGACUACGCCUUCAAUGCCAACGUAUGGUACGUGCCCGAUUACCGUAGCAGUAAAGCUGCCGUCAAUAUGAUCACGGCCGCGCAAUCCGUCAAGUUUGCUAGCGACAAGAUUGCUGUCAUUGCUGCUGCGCCGGGCAUGUGCCGUACCAGAUUCACCGGCGGUCAGGGUAAGAAGGAAGCCAGCGAUGGAGCCAAGGUCAUUGUACAGGCUGCUACAGAGGGAAACCCAGAGGCACUGACGGGCACUUACUACUCGGAAGAGCCAAGCCAGGGUUGGUGA